GGUGUUGCAGACAUAAUUUUGCUCAGCCCAAAGUCGAAAACAUUUUGAUUACAGAUGGCUGUCCACGUGGAUUCUUACAGCUCUUCUCCAGUUGAAGGACAAUUCAGUGAUGUUGAAGAUGAAAAGGAAUCAGUGGUUGCUGAAGGUAUUCAACAACUACAGAUAGGGGCGAAGGUUGAAGCACCAUCCCUUAGCGACAACGAAAACUAUUCUGACGAUUCAGAUUUGAGCGAUGAAGAAUUUUAUGACUGGCAAUAUGAUCAGGGACCUCAAAUUAGAGUACAAGGUGCUAAUCCAAACCAGCAAGUGAGCUCAAAUAAAGUGGUUUCCUUCCAGCCAAGAGAGAAACUUUUCAAGAAAUAUUCCCACAAGAUUAAUGUGGAUGAGUUCAAGUUACCUACACUACCCGAUGAUGACAAGGUUCGUCUGCGAGAUAAGGCUGAUAGAGCUACAGCUGAACAGGUUAUGGAUCCACGCACAAGAAUGAUACUGUUCAAACUGAUGAACAGAGGAUUUAUCACCCAAAUCAAUGGAUGUAUCUCAACUGGAAAGGAAGCCAAUGUGUACCAUGCAACUGGAAAAGAUGACACCCACUUUGCACUAAAAAUUUACAAGACAUCCAUUCUUGUAUUUAAAGACAGAGAUAAAUAUGUGACUGGAGAGUUUAGGUUUCGACAUGGAUAUUGCAAGCACAAUCCGCGGAAAAUGGUUCGGACUUGGGCUGAAAAAGAACUGAGAAAUCUACUCAGACUUGAAACAGCUGGGUUGCCAUGUCCAAAACCAAUAUUGCUAAGGAGUCACGUGUUGUUAAUGAGUUUUAUUGGCGAUGGGGGAUGGCCUGCCCCUCGGCUAAAGGAAGUUGAAUUGAGUGAAUCGAAAGCGCGCGAAUUGUAUAGGGACACUAUAAUUUUGAUGCGACGAAUGUUUCAUGAGUGCAGGCUAGUUCAUGCAGACCUCAGCGAAUUCAAUAUGCUAUAUCACGAAGGAAAGGUAUUCAUAAUUGACGUGUCACAAUCAGUGGAACAUGAUCAUCCGCAUGCCCUUGAAUUCCUACGAAAGGACUGCACCAAUAUAACAGAUUUCUUUAAAAAAAAUGGUGUUUGCGUCAUGACAGUUAAGGAACUGUUUGAUUUCGUAGUUGAUUUGACAAUCAAUGAAAACAAUAUUGAGGAUUACUUGGACAGAAUGGCGUCGCUCUCUGCUGAAAGAAAUUUCCAUGGAGAAUUGACUGCAGAAGAAUUGGUGAAAGAAGAAGUCUUUAAACAAACCUAUAUUCCCCAACGUUUGGAUGAAGUUAUGUUCUUUGAACGAGACAUUAAACAAAUAAAGUCGGGAGAGAAAACAGAAUUGGUUUAUACAACCGUAACUGGAAUCAAAUCAGAUUUGUCUGGUCCGCAGCAAGUUCCAGAAAUUUUAGACAAUUCCGUUGCGGUCGAUACCAGCGAUGAUGAGUCGAGUGAUGAUUCCAAUGCCGAUGUCGGGAAGAAACAGUUCGUGAGUAGCGGACGACCACGCGAUGAAUCUCCGAACAGCCGAAGGGAAAGGAAAAAAGCAAUAAAGGCUGAGCAGUCGGAAAAACGGAAAACGAAAGUAAAGAAGCAUGUAAAGAAGAGAAAAGAAAAACUUGCGAAACCAAAAAAGUGAUUUAAGUUGGUUCUUUUACGUAUACCUGUUGCUUAAUAAAAAUAAUAAUUGCCAGA